CGGGGCGGUCUUGUUUUUGUCGACUGUCGCACGCAGCACUUCUGCUGUGAAAAUGCGCGUCGAAAAGUGUUAUUUCUGUUCGGGACCGGUGUACCCCGGGCAUGGGAUGAUGUUUGUACGAAACGACUGCAAGACAUUCAGAUUCUGCAAAUCAAAAUGCCACAGAAAUUUCAAGAAGAAGCGUAACCCAAGAAAGACAAGAUGGACCAAAGCAUUCAGAAAGGCAUCAGGAAAGGAGUUGACAGUGGAUAACUCCCUGGAGUUCGAGAAACGUAGAAAUAUACCUGUUAAAUAUAACAGGGAUCUGUGGGACAAGACAGUGGAGGCAAUGAAGAGGGUGGAAGAAAUAAAACAGAAACGACAGGCGAGAUUUAUUAUGAACAGAUUAAAGAAGGGCAAACAGCUGGAGAAGGAAGAGGCCAUCAGCGAAGUGAAGAAAAAUAUUCACCUUAUCAAAGCACCACAUGCAGGAAAGGCCAAACAAAUGGAAGCCAAAAUGGUGCAGAAGUUACAAGAGGAUGUGGAGAUGGGGGGUGAAGAUAACUGAUCUUUUACCCAAGGAGUUUUGUUUUUGUGGUGACUCUUGUGAGCGGGCUGACCGUGUAUUAUAUUGUACUUCUGUUUUGGAAUAAAACUUUCCAAAUGGUUAAUGAUGGACGUGGAAAUGCUUUUAGUGCUAAAUAGCCAUACAAGGCUCAAAGCACUGAUCUAACAAAGAUAUGCCUCCAAAGCAGCAGCAAUUAACCACAUACCUCCCAUUUAUUUUAUUCCAUGUGUGGUAGUUGGGGCUGUAAAGAAUUUACUAUACCUGGUUGCAUAGUUAAAUGUAAAACAGUGAUUAAAAAAAAAGUUAUAAGGUUACUAACAAAAAUGUAAUAAAAAUCUUUUUGGUAA